AUGCCCACUGCCAUGGAGGCCGUUCUGUUGCUCACGCUGGCUGUGAAGGCUCUCGGCACCGCCGCAGCAGUACCAUAUGCCAUAGCAGCAGCAACUAGCUUUAUCUCCAACAUAUCCUCAGCGACAAUGUCACCAUUGAGCCAUAACCAAGCUGGCAAGGAUCUUCCUCCUACAAGAACUACAACCAGUACUAUGGGCUUUGGAAAAGACAUCAUUUAUAAAAUGUGCGGCAAAAAGACAGAACCCGAACCCAACGUUCCAGAAGGCGUAGACAUUGACCAGGACGUCGAAGACGUCAAAAACCAACUCCCACCUCUGCCCUCACCCCUGCCCACACCGCACAAGGACUUCAUACACUGCCUCCCGCCUAAUGCGCCUACCUACCGCAAAUUCAGCGUCUUCACCGCGGGCAGCAUAGAAAUGGGUAGCGCCAUCCAGUGGCAAAAGCACAUGGUCACCAGCCUAUCCCACCUCCCCAUCACAGUGUGCAACCCGCGGCGCGGCCACUGGAACCCCAACAUCACGCCGCAAGCGCGCGACAAGGACUUCAAGGACCAGGUCGAGUGGGAGCUCAGCGCGCUGGAGCAGGUCGAUGUGAUUUGCUUCUUCUUCGACGUCACGACAAAGAGCCCCGUGUCGCUGCUUGAACUGGGGCUGUGGGCGGGCUCGGGUAAAGUGGUCGUGUGCUGUGGAGAAGGAUACUGGAAAGGCGGCAAUGUGGAGCUGACAUGUGAUCGCUACGACAUCCCCUUUGUCAAGUCGUUUGCCGAGCUGGUGCCUGCGGUGGAGAAGAUGCUGGUGGAGAAAGGAAUGAUGCUUGAUGCCAAGGGCGAUUUGGUGGGGGAGAAC